AUGAGCGUACUGUCCCUUUUUCAUAUUGGUUCUCCGUUCUUACGGACCAACUGCGUAGAAGAAAAAAAAACUUACGAAAAUUUUAUUUGUUCCGUCUGUCUAGACAUAUGUCACACCCCGGUGGUGACUGUGUGCAACCACAUAUGUUGCUACAAAUGUUUGUACUACUCCCUUCUACACAAGAGAAAAUGUCCCAUUUGCAAACAAGCCAUUCGAAAUAAUGAGUUGAAGAGAAUAUCGGGGAAAAGAAAAAAAGAAUAUGAACAAUUAAGAAUAAGGUGUAACUUAUGUACCGACGAACUGAAAAUAAAAAAUUACGAGAAACAUUUAAAAUUUUGUAAGUACAAAAGGUGCAAAAAUUACAUGUUAGGAUGUGAUUAUUAUGACAAAAGGAAUAAAUUAAAAUUGCACGAAGAAGCAUGUGAGCAUAGAUUAAUACGAUGUUCAAGUUGCUACAAUUUAUUUUAUUAUAAAAAUCGCAUUUUCAUAUUAACCCUAAAGGAAAAAUAUGAACUUAGCGUCAGGUCUACGUAUACAUAUUAUUCUUUUUACUACAACUUAUUAAUGAAUACAAAUUUUAAUUUUUUUAAUUAUAACAAGUAUCUGACGAAUACGUAUUUUUCUUGUGAUAAUUAUUUGUCGAGGAAGUUAUCUCUUUUGAGGAGGGUUCAGCGUACCCUUGAUCGUUUUGUGUGUAAAUCACCUCCUGGACAGAGAGGCCCAACGGUAGAUCUAAGCAACGGAGUGCCCACGCAAAGUAAUGGAGCCCUUGUACAAAGAGAAAAUAAUUUCUUCAACAACGCAACUAAUAGUGGUCCAAGUAUUUCCCGCAGAGGAAGGACCACUGGUGCAUCCGAAUGGGAUUUCGAAACAAGUGAGGCUAAUUAUCAGCGCUUGCUAAAUUUCUCGCCUCCGUCGGGCAGGAUAGCUGAUGAUGGACCCGCGCCGCUCCUGAGAAGCAGUCGCUUGGCUAAUGCCCACAUGGAUGGAAGCGAGGAGGAGGGAUCUGAUGAGAGUGACAACUCGGGGGAGGCGGACAAAUUGGAAGAAAUGAGUAGCGCGAGCCAGUCCAGCAGCACGGACCACCCAAACGGCAGCCACCACUCAAACGGAGCAAAACGCCCACACCGCGAAGAACGCAAGGACCCGCCCAGCGGUAGAAACAAUUAUAAUGAGGACGAAUCCUUGAACAUACUGCCCCUGAGGAAAAAUUUCAGUUUCAAAGAUAAAAGCAGCAAGGACAUCAUAGUCAUAAUAAAGGAGCUGUUCCAAUUUGAUAACAUAGACAUGAGCACCCUUUGUGUUCACGAGAAUGAGGAGUUUUUAUUAUGCGACAAAAAUUGUUUUAAGAGUACAAUUAAAAAUCUUAAAAACCAAUUGGAGCAAUCCCUCGUGCUUUUAUACUUUUGCUGUUGUGUGGGUAUGCCUGCGAUGUUCACACUUGGCUGCAUGAGCUACGUCACGACCAAGGGGCUAUUUAAAUUCUCCUUCCUGCUAGCCAGCACGUUCAUCAGCUUGUCGCAGCGUCUUUUUUUAAAGUUUUUUUAUGGUUAA